CAAACCAAACACAACAUGCAGAAGGGAAGCAUUCUAAUUGUGGCACUUGUUGCACUGGGAGCCAUAGCCGAGGCGAUGCCUCAGCGGCUCAGGCCUUUACCCCAGAGCCCACCUCCAAAGCCGCUAUUUCGCCAUCGUUUCCGCCGUCAGGUGCUGGGCGGCUCAGUGGCCUCAAACCCGGCAGGUGGCGCCGAUGCUCGUAUGGAUCUGACCAAGGGAUUUGGUACUCCCGAUCAUAAUGCUAUCAUCCAGGGAUUUGCAGCUGGAAACACACAAUCAGGUCCCGUCACCGUUGGCGGAACUGCGGCCUACAAUAACCAUGGCCAUGGUGCCUCUUUGACGAGGACUCACACACCCGGCGUAAAGGACUCGUUCCAGCAGGAGGUUCAUGCCAAUCUCUUCAACAACGGCGUACACAAUCUCGAUGCCAAGGCAUUCGCCUCGCAGAACAAACUGGCCAACGGUUUUGAGUUCCAACGCAAUGGCGCCGCUCUGGACUACUCGCACAUCAAUGGCCAUGGUGCCAGUGUGACGCACAGCAAUUUCCCCGGCAUUGGUCGUCAGUUGGGCGCCGAAGCUCGUGCCAAUCUGUGGUCCUCGGCUGAUCGCAACACGAAAUUAGAUCUGACGGGAUCGGCCAACAAGUGGAUGAGUGGUCCAUUCUCCAACCAAAGGACAGACUUUGGCGCUGGUCUGGGUCUCAGCCAUCGUUUCGGUGGUUAAAGCUGGAAUGUUAAAUGAUGAAAUUUGUGUAUAAUAAUAAUUUAUAGAAAAUGUUACCAAUCCAACAAUUA